AUGAGGAUUGUGCUGCUGGGGAAAACAGGAAGCGGCAAAAGCAGUGCAGGAAACACCAUCUUAGGAGGAGGAAAGGAAGAGUUCAAGAUCGGUAGUUCAGCCAUCUCCGAAACGCACAAGUGUGAAGCAAAGACCAAGGAAAUCAAUGGAAGAAAACUCACUGUAGUAGACACACCUGGACUCUUUGACACAGUCGUCCCUGAAGAGGAGCUGAAUCCUGAACUAGUGAAAUGUAUUGUAGAGUGUGCUCCGGGGCCACAUGCCUUUCUCAUUGUGCUUAGAGUGGACAGGUACACAGUCCACGAGGAACAAGUCAUUGCAGAAAUUGAGAAAUGUUUUUCACCAGAGGCCUUCAAUUACGCCACAGUUCUCUUCACUUAUGGUGACCAGCUUCCUGAAGGACAAACUAUUCAGGAUUUUGUGAAAACAAAUGAGAAACUGAGUGAGCUUGUGAAGAGAUGUGGAGGCCGCUGUCAUGUCAUCGACAACAAAUACUGGAGCACCAAUCAGCAGGAUCAGUACAGGAACAACCAGUACCAAGUAGCAGAGCUUCUCAACACCAUAGAGAAGAUGAUCUGA